CAUCACCCUUAGCACACUCACAAAUCUCUGCUCCCGAAACCCUAAAAUGGAGAGCAAUCAAUCUCUACGAGAACAUAUGGAUGUCAGCCCGGAUAGAGAUGAGAUUCAUAGGAUUUACUCUCCAUGCCGUACGUCGGCGUAUUUUGAUCUUCACAAUUCUGCUUACACAGGGGAGCUAGAUCUUUUCAAAAUGAUAGCUUCGUCUUACGAUAAGAGAGGGAAUGGAUUAGCAAAGACCAUCCAACGUCUUGUGGAUGGAGAUGGAAGAGGAUCUCUUGCUUUUGCUGCUGCUGGAGGAAGAGUGAAUGUUUGUAGUUACUUGCUUGAAGAGUUGAAACUUGAUGUUGAUGUUAAGGAUGACGCAGGUGUAACUCCCUUAUCAUAUGGAGCUGUUAAGGGAUAUCUUAACACUGUAGAGUAUCUUCUCGAGCAGGGCGCCAAUCCUGAUGGAUCAACUGAUCCAGAUUGUACAACUAAUACUCCUUUGCAUUAUGCUGUAUUGGGAGGAGAUAGAGAGAUACAGACACUGUUACUAUCGAAAGGUAUCCGCAUUGAUGUUGCGACUAGAUCCGGUACAGCCCUUUCAUAUGCUGCUCUCCUUGGCCAGAUUGAUGCUGUUAAAGUUUUGUUGGAUCACCAUGCAGAUCCUAAUGUGGUAUUGUUCGGUGUGGUUACACCACUAGCAUCAACUAUUGCGAUCAAUUCACUGCCAAUCAUGGAUCUUUUACUAAAGGCAGGUGCUGAUCCAAAUGCCGAAUCAUGUGGAUUUGCCCCUCUGAUAUUUGCUGUAACUUUUGGGGUGACGGAACUUGUCAUGCGCUUACUAGAGGCUGGUGCUGAUCCAAAUGUUACAGAUAAUGAAGGGGUGACUGCAGUAGAAAUGGCUGCUAGAGAUGGAAAAAGUGAAAUUAUUAGGAUUCUAUUUCCUGUAACUUCUCGCAUUCCAACAUAUCCAAAUUGGACCAUUGGUGGACUUAUGGAGCAUGUGCAUUCUGAGGUCGCCAAAAAGAAGAAGAAGAAACCUGAAGACUUAGAAAGAUUUCUUCAAGGAAAAAUGAACGGCGCGGAAGCGUUUCAGGAAAAGAAGUAUACGUUGGCGAAGCACUGGUACUCAGAGGCGUUGGAAGUUGCUCCUACAGAUGCCACUCUACUAUCCAAUAGGAGUGCGUGUUAUGCACGUCUGCAUGACGGAACUGAAGCAUUAAGGGAUGCAACUGAAUGCAUAUCUUUAAGGCCUGAUUGGCCAAAGGCAUACUACAGGGCAGGCAUAGCACUCAACAUUUUGAAAAGGUACGGCGAAGCAGCAGAUGCGUUCUUUAAGGGUUUGACGCUGGAUCCUGAAAACAAAGAUCUCGUAGAUGCAUUCAGGGAUGCUAAUGAAGCCAGAUUGAAGUUGAUCACCCGGCGACCAUAGGAACAAGAAGAUGGUGAUGAUAGUAGACUAGCAAUAUCAUCUCGACUAGAAGACGUUGUUGUGACCAACUUUUGUAUAUGUAGUACUGAAGGGUUUUGCUAACAUCAUAGCUGUUUGCAACCGACCAGAGGGUUUUUUACUUUACUUAAUUAGUACCUUUCUAUCACACUUGAAUUUUAUUAGAUGAAGGGAUCUCUAUUUAACUUCUUCUGCCUUUCAGUUGCUAUUUUACUUCCGACAUCUUAGGUGUAGUCCCUGCUUACCUCUUCGUUUAUUUUGAUGGACUUUGUAAGCUUGAAUCUUCUUUUGCAUUGGACAUGUGUUCUUAUCACACUUGAAUUUUAUUAGAUGAAGGGAUCUCUAUUUAACUUCUUCUGCCUUUCAGUUGCUAUUUUACUUCCGACAUCCUAGGUGUAGUCCCUGCUUACCUCUUCGUUUAUUUUGAUGGACUUUGUAAGCUUGAAUCUUCUUUUGCA